GGGGGGGGGGUGUAUGUGGGUGCAAAUAUUCAAUUCAAGUCGGCACUCCUGGCCUGAUGUAAUUGUUGGAUAAGCCAGAGAAGUCUUUUUUGUCACUGUUUGAUCGAAGCAAUUUGUUCUAUAACCUGAGCUGCAUAGGGAUCGGGUCCCUCUCUCCUCUCCCGCCCACCUGCGAACACUUUUCCGAAGCGCGGCGGCGCUACAGUCUCCACCCCGUCCCCGGCUGCGCGCCUCCCACCUCUCCGUACAUUGGGUCCCAGCUCAUCCUGCGCCCGCCCCGGCUCCACCUCCUCUUCCUCUUUAUAUUCGCUCGCCUGGCCUGUUCCGAGUCCUGUUCCUUUGGAUUCUUGCCUCGGAUCUUUCUAAGCCAGGAGCUACCCCAGGAACUAACCGAGAGACCACCGAGAGACCACCGUCUACAGAUCCCGGACACCCACGGCGAGCGCAAAAGUACAAGCCAGGAUGAGUCAAGACGAGGCGGCGGCGGCAGCGGCGGCGGCGGCGGGCAACGAGAACGCAGAGGCCGAAGACCCGGGUCUGCUUAUGGCGAUCCUGAGCUCCCCGCUCAACCUGAUGCUGCUGGGCCUUUGCUGCUACCUGCUCUACAAGAUAAUCCGGGGGAAUCGGUCCCAGACCAUCCAGAAAAGAGACGACGAAGACGGGCCGCCGCUGCCCAAGCUCAAGCGCCGCGACUUCACUCUGGAAGAGCUGCGCCCCUUCGACGGCGUCCAGAACGAGCGUAUCCUCAUGGCCAUUAACGGGAAGGUCUUCGAUGUGUCCCGCGCCAGGAAGUUUUACGGGCCGGGUAUGAGAUUUUUUUGCGCCCUUUCAGUCCCUAGUUGCAGCGGGGGGGGGGGGGCGGGGGCGGGGAGCGGGGCAGGCAGGCAGAAGUUCGUUGGGGGGGGGGGAGGAGGAGGGUGGUGGCGUGGUGGUUGCGAAUUGUGCAAUCUUGCAUGGCACGCUCCGGGUCAGUCUGCCUGUUGAGUCAGUUUGCUUUACCUACCGGCAAGGCCACUUUGGGCUAGCGUUGGAAAUUGAUUCAGUAGAGUCUUUCCAAACAAGUCAGUAUUUCUUAUAUUGUAAGAGAGCAAUUAGUCGCUUGCCGGAAAAGCCAGUUAAACUGGCAAAUGUUGCCUGUACGUGUUUGCUGAGAGGUCUACUCUAGAGGUUAGCCUGGCGGGGCUUUUGCUCGCGGGGAGGUGUCUCGCUUUGCAGUCGAAUUCGGUUUUUUAAAAAAUAUAUAUGUAGCUGAGAUGAUAUUUUCGAAGCAGAAUGCUGUUGGGUCUAGGUUGAGGUUUGCGAGGCUUGAGCCUGCUUGUGUUUGCUCGGAAGAAAGUUCCACAGAUUUCGGUGUCGCUUACUCAGGAGGGAAUUGGGUAAUAGCCAAGCUGCCAUAGGCCAUGUCUAGACUUACUGAGCAGUUAAUAUUUGCUCCCGAGUAAGCUUUCGUUGGAUCGGGGUAUUUCCCUCCGUGCUGAUCACCACUUUAUAUCAAUCUGGAAUAACCAGUACAAUGGCAGCAUUUGUUAAUUUCCUCCCAAGAAUGUAUAAUUUAAAUCCAGGCUUCUGCUACAAGUUUGCAUUUGAAGAAUUUAUUUUCUCUUUUCACUAUCUUAAUUCUGAGUUAGGUGUUGUGGUUUGGUGUCAGUGCCUAAAAUCCUGACCCAUUUGCUAAGUAAAAAACUGCUGCACCUGUAAAUAGUGAUUAAAAUUGGGUGGUCUCAUGCUUUGAUGGCACCUCUAAUGAUUUGUGGGUCGGCUGUUUCGUUGGGGCUCCAUAAUGUGUUGCGCCAUCUACUUUCUCACUGUGUGUAAAUAUGAAUUAAAUAGUUGACCAUUUUCCAAUUGAUCAGCCAUCCUGAUUGAAACUGUGUGAGAGAGGGAUUUAAACUGUUGACAGGAAUGGAGAAAAUAUUUAUGUAUUGUUAUUACAUUGUCAUCAAUUUACAUGGCACUUUGGAGCAGUUUCCCAAACCUGGGUCUCCAGCUGUUUUUGGACUACAGUCCCCAUCAUUCCUGACCACUGGUCUUGGUAGCCAGGGAUGGUGAGAGCUGUAGACCCUAAACAGUUGGAGACCCAAGUUUGGGAAACAUUGCUUUACAAUAGGGGCAAGGAACGUGGAGGCCCAAUGCCUCUCUGUAAACUAUUCUUUGUUCCAUCCCCUCAUUUGAGUGCUUUUGUUGGUUGGAGAGCAUUAUUCAAUGGUGAUACUGUCUGUCCACCUAGGCCAGUACAGUCUAUUCUUGACCUGCAGCGGGCUUUCUGUGCAAAAAGCAUGGGUAGGGGGGGCUGGGAGAGGGAAGGUGUGCACACCUGACUUGCGGUAGGGAGCAGUUGUGAAGCUCUGCCCCAGUUGUGAUAGGAAAUAGAAGCUGAGAGAUGAUUGUGAAGUGGGUGAUGUUCAGUCGCUUCUUUGUUUCAUUUUAAAUUAGCAGCCAAAGCCCUUUAGGACUCCAGAGAUUUGUUUGCCAUGGUCCCCACAUUAAAGUUGUGCCUGAAGCUUAGAACUGGUGUGCUGUUUCACAAAACCAAGAUUUGUGUGACUCUGCAAAACGGGUUUCCAGGGCAGUGGAAAGAGAAACGCAGAACGUGAGAGGCAGGUAGAAAUUUGAAGGAAAUCAUGUUGGGUACACAUAUGAAAGGUUAGCAUCUGGACUGGUGUCGGGUACAAGAGGUGGGCAGAAGAUAGAUCAGGCUGUAUUAAUAUCUCUGGGUGAUUUGCAGAUUGGUAUGGAAUAUCUGCAAUUCCAUCCAGAGAUGUUAAUACAGCCUGAUCUACCUUCUGCCCACCUGUUGUUGUAGACUGCAACUAAGCUGCAGAAAUGGGGGGGGGGGGGGACCCUUAUUGGUAAGGAGCAGGCGUUUAUUGUGAAAGUAUUGUGUGCUCAAUUCAGUUCCGGUGUUGGAAACAAAUUCCUAGGCUUGGAAUGCACUAGGGAGGCACCCCGUUCAAGGCACCACCUUGCUUUUUUCAUUAAUGCUAUGUGUGUUGUGUGCCUGGCUCUUCAGUGGUAAAUCCAACAAUUUCCUCAUCUUUAGAUUAAAAUGCUCAGGUACUGGGAACACUGGGAAGAGGUACACUGAAACAGCCUUUCCGAUGUAAGGAGAGACUCUGCCCAGUUCCCUUCCCCCUUGUUUCCCUGCCUAACCAGCCAGUCUUGUUUUGUAGAGGGGAUUAUACCCCAGGCACUGAAAGAGGGAGGGAGGUGACCACUCUGGCCUAUUGUCUCUUUCUAGCCCCUCUCAAGGUGAGCUUUGCUUGGCAUGCAAUCCCUGUGGUUGCACAAGACCCAGAGGCUUCUCCCCAAACUUUCUCCAUUCUCAGUGUGCAGUCGCAGGAUCUAUACAGAACCCUUUGUAUAGCUAGCUAAACAUAUACCAUGGCUCUUCCACAACUUUUGGAUGGAUGAUUAUGAUUAAUUGUGGCCCGCUCUUUCUGCAAGAGCCUGGGGCCUAACUAGACUUGUGCAGGCAAAUGAAUGUUAACAAAAUGGCAACAAACUGUUUUGUUGUUGUUGCAUGGAAGUAAGAAAGGAUUUUAUUUCCAAAAUAAAAGUUUCAAUACAAGCAGCAGAGGUGGGGGUGGGGAGCUGAAGCACCCUCUUAACCUCAUCCAUACCUCUCCCCCAAUCACUUCACCACAAAUUGUCCCCCUUCUAUUGCUGAUUUACAGCAAGGUAGCCAUGGGUGUUUUCUCAGAGCUGCAUACUUUGGAGUUCCUCCUAUUUAAUCCUCUCAACAAGCCUGCAAGGUAGGUUAGACUGAGAGCAAUUGCCAGAAUGUCAACCAUAACUGAUAGGAGAUCUGAAGUCCCCAGUGAACUCAGAUGCAACAUGCCACUGAAGCUUGGAAUGGCUUCAAAGUAAUCUCCACUCAUACCUUUUUGCUCCUGGUCAGCAAGCACUUUAAUCUUUCGCCUGCCAAAACUUUCUAUGUCCCUAAAUGUUGUUUGGCAAAUAUUGUUUGGCAACAGUUUCAUAUGGCCUACUUUUUGCAUAGUUUCUUUCUGCUACUCCUUGUUCGUUAUUCACAAUGUGCUGCCUGUUGUCUGUUGUUGUUUACUUCUCUUUCUCACCCCCCUCACCCCCAUUCCCUCCCCAAGCAUAGAUCAUACUCUUCUUGAAAGUGUCUCAGUAAUUCCUACCAGGCAGCUUCAGAGCCUGGAAUUUAUAAUCCAAUCUUAAUGUAUGUUUCUAGACCUCAUGAUGAAAGUGAAUCUAUGUUGGGGAAAUUGAAGGGGAUUCCCCCCUCCUCCCAAAUUUUUUUUUUAAACCCACAGAUUUUGAUUGUACAGAAAUUUUAAAAUAAAAUUAUGGUGUUCCAGCAACAGUUCAGAGAAAUCAGGGAGUGAUGAACUAGGAAAGUUACUGAUUUACACUUUUAUUGUCUAAAGUCCAUAGAGAAGCCUGCCAGAAUUGCAUAUACAGUGGGUGGGGGUGACCUUGCCCAUAAUGCCUGUGCUGCUAACUCAAGACUUCCCCUAGGAAGAGAGAUGGGGAGCUGCAUUUAAUUCUAAGUUUUGGUGCAGACCAGGAAUAUGAAACCACUGGCCUCCCACAGGUCCCUGACCAGCAGCCAUUCUGGCUGGAAGGAGUACUGUUUCUACAUAUUAGCAACACACACACACACAUAUAUAUAUAUUGGCCUAUCCUGACCUCUUUUUCUUAAUGGUGAGUGCACCUGCUCAGAAAAAAAGCAUUUUGGUUCCAGAAAUGCAUUCUGACUGUGCAGAUAAAAUACAGCUGAUAGAAUUCUACAGGGUGUGUUGCUAAUGUGUAGAAACAGAUCCAAUGAUCCCCAGGUGGAGAUGUCUGGUGCCAUCCGGGCACCCAGGCAGCUUCACUUAGUCACAAGUGGUCAAAAGCCAGGUAUCUGGGUAAUUUCGAACACCUGUUUUAAGUACUCAUGUCAGAAGUUUAGAGGCCAAAUGGGAGGGGAUGUGAGUGCAGGCAUUUGGCAUGUCAUGUAUACUUGACCUUGUUAUCAAGUCCUUAUGGUCAGGCAGGUAUCAGCAUUCUAAUAUCUCACUCUUUUUCUCUGAAGAUGGUCCUUAUGGGAUUUUUGGUGGAAGGGAUGCAUCCAGAGGCCUUGCCACCUUCUGCCUGGAUCGAGAGAUACUGAAGGAGGGACAUGAUGAUCUUUCUGAUCUUGAUGCCACCCAGAGAGAGACCCUGAGCGACUGGGAACAACAGUUCGAAUGUAAGUAUUUCAAAUGUUGUUGCCCCAAAACUUUUAAUCUUUUACACCCUCCCACGAGAUCAUAUUGGUCAAUAACUGAUUAUGGAUUGGGGAUUGAACCCAUCUCUCUUUUUUCCUAAACGAGUUGGCCAUUGUCUUCCAGAUGAAUUUGUUUUACAUUAGCAUUAACUAAAAACAGUGCUAUUAGUACGAUUCCAUACAUAGCACGAUUCCAAGCAUCUUUGCUUAGAAGCAAAUCCCUGAAGACAGGUUUGAGGAACCUUUGGCCUUCUGGAUGAAGUUGGGACUACAGCGCUCAUUCCCGACCCUUGGUUCUGCUGGCUGAGGCUAACUGGAGUUUGUGAGUUCUACAUCAUCCAGAAUGCCACAGGUUGAAGUUGAAUGGAAUUGGUUCUUUGGGAAGUGCAGUUAGGAUUGCUGCCGCAAGACAGAGGAGCUAUUUUAAUGCAAACCCAUGGAAUUUUUCUGCAGGUAUUUGCAUAAAAACUUGUCAUCUUCUUGGCACACACAAUCCAAAUUUUCCUGUUGCAGAAUCUAAACAGAACGGGUUUCUGUUGACUUCACUAUUGGUAUCAAGGAUGUUCUAACCUUACAUUUAAAGCGACACCACAACUGCCUCCCCCAAAAGUGUUGGUACCCAAAGUUUGUGGAUGUUUACUAAAGUAUUUUUCUUUGGUCUUCAUUCAGUUAAAUACCACUACGUGGGCAAGCUGCUGAAGGAUGGGGAAGAGCACACUGUAUAUUCAGAUGAUGAAGAAGGAAAAGCCCAAGGAGGAGGAAAAGCCCAAGAAGAAGGAAAAGCCCAAGAAGAAGGAAAAGCCCAAGAAGAAGAGAAGCCCAAGGAUGCUCAGGCUCGCAAGGAUGAUUAGUGGAGAACGAUCUUGAAAUUGUUAUGGGUUUUUUUUUUUAAAUCUUGCAUUCCGAUUUUCUCUCAGUCUAAACACCAGUUUUGGUUUUAGAAAUAGUAUGUGAAUUAUCUUUAAUUAAAUACAUUUAAAUCUACAUUCCUACAUAACCUUACCAAGUCAGCACUAAACUUCUGAAAGAUAAUGUGAUACAAAUCUGGCAAUGGGGUUACAACAGAACCCAGUUCUUUGGUAAAUAAAGGGGACAGCCACCCAAGUCUUGAUGCUGUGCAGUUUCCAUACAUUUAAUGGUGCUUUCCAAAAGGCCUCCAGCUUGGUAGAUAGCAGGUAUUUGUUAAGGUAGAGUUUUUCUCCCUUUCCUGUAUUCACGGUGAAUCGAAGGGGAUCAAAAAGCUCUCCAUUCCUUUACAGCAGCAAUGUUGUCGUUAUUUUUUUUUUUAAAAAAAAAUCUGACCUCUGUUUAUUAACUACAGCUCCACCAUAACCCAUAUUCGGGCACAUAUUCUCAAUUUAUGUCUACUGCAAGUUGCUUCUGUAUGGUUUACUCAGAAUCUUGAUUACUGUUAAUAUUUGGGAGUAGGGGCUAUUAUAUGGUUCCUUAGUAAUGUAUUGCUCCAAAUAUGGGGUAUAUAUAAACAUCUGCCUUUGCUGGGUCAACCCAAUGGCGAAAGCCCCUGCAUCAGAUUUCACUAGAACGGUCUGGGAGCAAGCAGGAUCCAUGAACACUGGACCUGGAAAAAAUCCACCAAUGCAGCCUCGAACAAAUGGUAAAACAACAGCUUCAAAACCUGCAGAAAGACUUGUUUAGGUCUGAGGAAUAUCUUCCUUGAUGUUAGUGUAUGUUGUGGAGCCUAGAUUAGAUAGCCAUACUUCAUGUAUGGCUUAAAAUUUGAUUUUGUGAAGCCUGAACUGCAUCCGUAGCUGAGAGGUUCUUUGGAAGCUCACCAGCAUACACUGAUUACAGUGCUUAAGGAUUAGACAACCAUUACUUCAAAGGUGCUUGGCUCACCAUUACUGUACAGCUGCAGGGUGCUCUGUACCACAGAACCCUUGCAAAGUGCAGAAGACAAAAAUGAAAUUAGGAUUGGCCUUACUAUGGGUAAAUAGCUUGAAACAACAAGCACACAGACCUAUUUAGAUAACCCCAACAGUGGGAAUGAUUGGAUUAAGGUUAUUGUACCAAUGUGUUUUAUUUUUUACAUGACUUAGUUUCUUUCCUGCAUUCUUUAUACAAAGCAAUAAGUGGUGUCUCUUUGAAUUUCCAGUAUGAUAAAGAACAAAAGUUCAGCUGCUGCUGGAUAUUCUCAGUUUCUAAUGCAAGAUUUUGUUAGAUUUUUUUGUCACUUGUUGGGUGAAGUAUAUCAUGACCUACCCCUGGAAGGUUAACUGAUAGUACACUAAAUGAUGUUUAAUUGUACCGCUGUGUCUCUUGGGGGGGUGUUUCCAACUCAAGACGCAUGCAUUUGUUUUCUAAAUGGCAAAAUAAAAUCUUCCUUAAAAGUUGGC